AUGCCGUACUCGGCCACGAUCCCAGUAGCGGGCAGCAUCCACUACCGCUCUAUUGGCAUGGCCGCUGUGGCCAUUGCGGGGCUGCCGACGGUGUGGAACGUCGUUGCCCGUAAUGAAUACCGUCGUCACACGAUUGAGAAGGCAGUGGGAAGCAAAAAGGCUGGCGCCUACCUCUUGGCGGCUGGCAUCUUUGUCGCCAGUGUGCUGCGCGACUACCUAUUUCGCAAUGCCAUGGUGCAUACCCCGAGCUCUGUCUUCCCCAUUCUCUGCACGCAUGCCUUUGGCCCUGACAGCGCCGGUUUCGCGCGCAGCGUUAUGAGGGGGACCGGUACUGCACUGCUACUGUCUGGCACGACGCUUGUUGUAUCGUCCUUUCUCCGCCUCGGUGUCACGGGCACGUACCUGGGCGACUACUUUGACAUCCUGAUGGACGAGCGCGUAACUGCCUUUCCGUUUAGCCACUUUGACAACCCCAUGUACCUCGGAGCCACGCUGAACUUCCUGGCCGCCUCCAUUAUCCAAAACAACGCUGUCGGGGUGCUACUCACGGGCUUGGUCGCGCUCGUGUAUCACGUGUCGACCAGAUACUUCGAGUCCCCCUUUACGGCCAUGAUCUACAGCAAGCGCGGGGGAGGCCCAGGAAGUCGCUGCCUCGGUGACGAAGAUGACGUAGGAAGGCAAAAACACAAAAAUAUAUAA